UCCUGCUCCGCCUCCGGCCCCUGCCUUGAGCAUCAGCCCCCUCCGCGCGCCGGUCUCCCGCUCACCACCGCGCGCGCCACCGGCCGCAUCCACGCACCCCGCGAGCUCCCGACGACCCACCUGCUGCUCGCCUACUGCUCCCUCUGCCAGCCUCACUUCCCUGCCAAAGAGGGCCUCAGUCAGAGCCAUCACGGCAUCGCCUCUCGCCUCUCCCUCCCUCUCUAGCCCUCUCUCUCUCUCUCUCUCUCUCUCUCUCUCUCUCUCUCUCUCUCUCUCUCUCUCUCUCUCUCUCUCUCUCUCUCCUCGGGAGGCUUCUCCAUCCUCUUCUUCGCCAAUCUCCCCCAUUGCCUUUGGGCUAUAUAGGGCGGGAAUGGAUUGGAGAGGGAGCUCCCGGCGAGUUUGAACCCAUCAAAAACCUCAUCCCUCUCAUCUCCCCCACGCGCUUCCCGCCGACGCCGACGUCGCCGUAUAGGAUCAAAUGCGGCGAGAUCUGUGCGCGUGACACCGUCGGCCGCUGGAGCCUGCUCCCUCCGAGUUUCGGAACAGGGAGCGCCUGGUUCAAGAUCUCUUUGGUGGUUAAGGACUGUAGGACAUAAGCUUACUUUGAGUGAGCUGCAGACUACCAAAGGAUGGAUCAGUAUGAGGUAUUGGAGCAGAUUGGAAAAGGAGCAUUUGGUUCUGCACUGUUGGUGAGGCACAAGUUGGAGAAGAAGAAGUAUGUGCUCAAGAAGAUACGACUUGCGCGACAAACGGACCGAACUCGCAGGUCUGCCCAUCAGGAGAUGCAGCUUAUUGCGACAGUCAGGAAUCCAUUUAUCGUGGAGUACAAAGAUUCAUGGGUGGAAAAGGGUUGCUACGUUUGCAUUGUUAUAGGUUACUGUGAGGGAGGAGACAUGGCUGAUGCUAUCAAAAGAGCCAAUGGUAACCAUUUUUCUGAGGAGAAAAUCUGCAAGUGGCUUGUGCAGCUUCUCAUGGCUCUUGAUUAUUUGCAUGCAAAUCACAUUCUUCAUCGUGAUGUGAAGUGCUCCAAUAUAUUUAUUGCCAGAGAUCAAAGCAUACGCCUUGGCGACUUCGGGCUUGCAAAAAUAUUGACUUCUGAUGACCUUGCCUCUUCUGUGGUAGGAACACCAAGUUAUAUGUGCCCAGAACUUCUUGCUGAUAUACCAUAUGGUACCAAAUCCGAUAUAUGGUCCCUAGGAUGUUGCAUAUAUGAAAUGACUGCUCUCAGGCCUGCAUUUAAAGCUUUUGACAUGCAAGCUCUGAUUAACAAGAUCACAAAGUCAAUAGUAUCACCAUUGCCCACAAGAUAUUCUGGUGCCUUUAGGGGACUUAUCAAGAGCAUGCUACGGAAAAGUCCAGAGCACAGACCAAGUGCUGCAGAACUCCUAAAGCAUCCUCAUCUUCAGCCUUAUGUGCUUCAAGUCCAGUUGAAAUCUAGUCCUUCUCGCAACAUGUCUCCAAUCUACCAAUCUCUGACAGACAAAGUUAAGAAGAUGACAUUUCCUAGCGAUAUAACUGAUUCUGUGCGAAGGAGGGUGGCAAGAAGAAACUCGUUGGGAAAUGAGAGGACUGUAACAUUCUGCAAACCAUCUCCUGAGCGGAAUUCUGUUAGCUCUACUCGGAGCAUCAAAGAAUAUACAACUACUCAGAGUGUCAAGGAGUUCUCCAUAGACAGCAGUCAAGUUGAUGAUGAGGUUACCAGUAAAGCCAUCAUAACAAAGACAUCAGGCAUUCUAAGGACUCCCAAGAGUACUCCAGCCAAGACAUUGACAACUAGGAAUCGAUUAGAUCCUCCAAAAACAUCUUAUACCAGAACAAACCACAAUGAGCUGUCCUCAAGAACACCUCUAAACAAAAGCGCCCGUACAGCUCGAAGAGCAUCCCUCCCGCUGCCAACAUAUGGAACGCCUAGCAGCCGCACCAUAAGCAUCCUGGACCGGCUAAACUCCCCAGAUGUGUCCGUCAAUGCACCUCGAAUCGACAGGAUCGCAGAAUUCCCUCUGGCUUCAUCAGAGGACCCCUUGGCCCCCAUCAACAAGCUCUCUCCAGCUCCCGGUCACGGCUUGGGCUCCACGCCUCCCUCUAUCAACCGGUCGAUCACCAAGGACAAGUACACGGUCCAGGUGCUGCACACCGGUGAUGGGGACAACGGGAGCGACUCGUCCGGCCGCAACGCUACUGCCGCGUCAAGCAGAGGAUCCAACGACUCGAGGCUGCAGCGGUUCGACACCUCGUCGUACCAGCAGCGCGCGGAGGCCCUGGAGGGGCUGCUGGAGUUCAGCGCUCAGCUGCUGCAGCAGGAGCGGUACGAGGAGCUGGGCAUCCUGCUGAAGCCGUUCGGCCCCGAGAAGGCGUCCCCCAGGGAGACCGCCAUCUGGCUCACCAAGAGCUUCAAGGAGACGACGUCAUAGCCUCUUUCCUUCGUCGGGCACAGCUAGCCACAACCAUACGAGACGGCAGCGGCCAUGUGAGGAGGCUGCGGCAGGGCGCAGGGGGGACACGUUGGGGUUGUACACGCCGGCCGAAUCUCUCCAUGUGCCCCGUCUCUCGUACGCGAGACAUUGUGGUGGCUUAUCCCCCGUGCUAGACGGGGAGAAAACAACGGGUCUCGGGAGGCUGGGAGCACGGGGCAUGUCUUGGCCCCUUGCAGGCGUCGCAGAGGCAACGCCAUGUAGAGAACAGUGCCCUCCCUGGCUCCCUGUCCUCUGCAUCGCGUCGAGUGUUUCGAAGUGCCGUUCCUAGUGAUAAUAACUGUUUUUUCCCCCUCUCGAGGGCCUAGAAGUAAAAAAAAUUUACUGACAACUAUCAUAAGGUCUUUUUUACUUCCUACCAAGUAGUACAUUGAAAACAUUUGAGUAGGCUCUCUAUGCUUCUAUUAUACAUGCUUAGGAAUGGUGUCAGGUAGU